AUGAGCUUACACUCAUUCGCAGGAAAGUGGUCUACUAUUAAACCACGUUUGAGUGAAUGGAUUGAAGAAUAUUUAUUAAACAUUGGUUAUACAGAAAUGACUCCUGUACAAGCCUCAACUAUACCUCUAUUUAGAGCAAAUAAGGAUGUCGUAGUUGAAGCCGUUACGGGUAGUGGAAAAACAUUAGCAUUCUUAAUACCAAUUUUAGAAAAGUUAACAAAUUAUUCAAAUUCAUUAAAGAAAGGUGAUGUUUUCGCUUUAAUCGUCGCACCUACACGUGAAUUAGCUAUACAAACGCAUAGUCAACUAAAUGAUAUUAUAACUGCAUCACCUGUUGAUUUACCACCACCACUUUUAUUAGUUUCUGAUCAAGAUUCAACAACAACAGAUGAUCGUCGUCGAUUUGAACAACAAGGUUCACAAAUACUGGUUGGUACACCUGGAAGAGUCGAUGAAUUCAUUGGUGGUAAUAAAGGUGUAAAAGGUAAAGGUAAAGGUAGUGGAAGGUACACAAACUUCGAAAUGUUAGUCCUUGAUGAAGCCGAUAGAUUGUUAGAUUUAGGCUUUUUGCCAACUUUAAGGAGUAUAGUUUCGCAUCUUCCUAAACAACGUCGCACUGGUUUAUUUAGUGCAACUAUGACUGACCAAGUUGGAAACUUGGUAGCAAUCGGGUUGAGAAAUCCUGCGAAAGUUGUCGUAAAAGUUACAAGUAAAUCAUCGAAGUCCGAAAUAGAAGAGAGAAGAACACCAGCUGGUUUAAACAACACCUAUACGGUGGUUAAACAACAAGAUAAACUAGCAAAACUACUUAAAUUACUACAAAAUGAAGUAGAGGAGGGAAAGCAAAAGAUAAUUGUUUACUUCCCAACAUGCGCAAGUGUUGAUUACAUCUGGCAGGUUAUUAACAAAUUACCAAAGAAGUACCUUCCACCGUCAUCAACAACUAUACAUAGUCUUCAUGGUCACAUCCCUCCUCCUAAACGUACAACUGCUCUAUCAUCAUUCACAAAUUCACCAUCAGCAGUCUUGCUCUGUACAGAUGUCGCCGCUCGUGGUAUUGAUCUUCCAGAUGUAGAUGCAGUUGUUCAAUGGGAAGCACCAACUGAUUCACGUUCAUUCAGUCAUAGAGUUGGUAGAACGGCAAGAGCAGGUAAUAGCGGUAAAGCUAUCCUCUUCCUUUCUCAAGGCUCUGAAGAAGGUUAUGCUGAAUUCUUAAGGGGUAGAAAGAUACCACUCGCACCUCACAGACCAAUUGAAGAUGCAGCAGAUUCUAAAGAAUUGUUAGAAAUCAUGAGAAAGAUCCUCCUCAAGGAUAGAAGCCUUCAUGACGCCUCAAUUAAAGCCCUUACAUCAACAGUUAGGAGUUAUUCUAAACAUGAGCAAGUAUAUCUCUUUAGAACGUAUGAACUUGAUAUCCCCGGAUUGGCUACCUCAUUUGGCCUAUUGAGAAUGCCAAAAAUGCCAGAACUCAAAGGCAAGGAAAUUGAUGAAAAGGAUUGGCAGGAUGCUGAAGUUGAUUGGGACACUUACGCUUACGCUAAUGCAUCACAAGAAGCAUCUCGUCAGAAAAAACUCAAAGAAGCACCAAAACGUGAAAUCAAACCAAAGAAGGAGAAGGAAGCAGCUUGGUCAAACAAGAAAGAUAGACACGAUAAACGUAUAACACAAAAAGAGAAAAAGGAAGCAAAGCGUAAAUUUGAAAAGGCAGAAAGAGCACGUUUGAGGGAAGAAGAAGAAGGUAAUAGCGAGGAGGAAGAGGAAGACUGGAAAGCCCACGUAUUGGAAACCCGUGAGGCUAAAAAACGCCGCAAAGAGGAGAAGAACAAAGGUAGCGACGAAGAUGAAAUGGAUCCAGGAACUACUUUUGCAUUUGAUGAUUUGUAA